AAGACGAAGCUGCUUGUCCAACUCUGAAGAACCUUCCUUUAAUUUAAACAAGGGCCCUGGAAUGAGCAGAACAAUAUUUUUUGAGGUUGAAAUUCUAGACUCAAAAACCAAAGAACAGCUCUGUUUUCUUGACAAGGUUGAACCCCAUUCAAGCAUUGGUGACAUUAAGAGCUUGUUUCAUAAGUCAUAUCCAAAAUGGUAUCCAGCAAGACAAGCCCUGAGGCUCGACCCCAAAAAUAAAGCACUCAGAGAUGAUGACAUCCUGCAGAAUCUGCCUGCUGGGACCUCAGUGACCAUGUAUUUCAGAGACCUUGGUCCACAACUUGGAUGGACAAUGGUUUUUCUGGCAGAGUACAUAGGACCUCUUCUGAUAUACCUCCUCUUCUACGUUCGUGUCCCAUACAUCUAUAACCACAAAUACACCUUUACCUCCAGCACCCAUCCUGUGGUCAGUUUGGCUUGCGCUUGUCACUCGUUCCACUAUAUCAAGAGGCUAUUUGAAACAAUAUUUGUACAUCGGUUUUCUCAUGGCACAAUGCCUCUCAGAGCCAUUGUAAAAAAUUGUGUUUAUUACUGGGGUUUUGCAGCUUGGUUAGCAUACUACAUCAACCAUCCCCUCUACACACCUCCAUCAUAUGGAGAGAUACAGGUCAAUUAUGCGCUCAUUAUCUUUGUGUUGUGUGAGGCAGGUAAUUUCUCCAUCCACUGGUCAUUGAACAGUUUAAAAUGUGAAGGUUCAAAAUGUCGGAGGUUCCCACAUCCAUCCAAAAACCCUUUCACGUGGCUCUUUUUCUUUGUAUCAUGCCCCAACUACACAUAUGAGGUGGGUGCUUGGGUGGGACUGUCCAUUAUGACCCAGUGUGUUCCAGUUGCUCUCUUCACAUUUGUUGGAUUCAUUCAAAUGACUAUCUGGGCUAAAGGAAAACAUCAAAUUUACGUCAGAGAGUUUAAGAACUAUCCAAACCUCCGCAUGCCUAUCCUGCCAUUUAUUCUCUGAUUCUUACAUAUCUAUGAUAAAUAUCCAACAUUUUAUGAUCUUGGCUUAGAGAGCACGGAUGGCAUCCAAACAGCUGCAUGUAAAUGAAGUUAAUUUAUGAAAGGAUUAUGAAAGCUAAAUCCUUUUUUUUAGCAAUAUCCCAGCGUUCAUCACAACAUCAGUUGCAAGAUGAUGUGACAGUUGAUUGAUUACACUGGUAUGCCACUUAAGAUUAUAAAUAUGUAGAUUAAAUACACUUAUCUGCUACUUACAUGUAGCAUACAGUAUUCUACCUCUAUUAACCAGAAAGCAUAUAGAGUGAUUACAUCAGGGAAUUUUUAUGUAAAUACAGAUUGCUUGGAACAAAUAAAAAUGUGAAAUCUGGUUGUUUAACCAUAAUGAAUGUAUCUAGACUAUAUUGACAAUUGUAAUGUUACUUCAUUAAUUCUUGACAAGGUGCACAGUUGCAAAUUACACAGAUUUAAUAUUAUUUUGGGACUUUUUACAAAAAAAAAAAAGAUAAAGAAAAAUUUACUUUCUACAAUCCAUUUCCUUACCAAUCCAUGGCAAACAUUUCUAGUAAAAAAAACUAGAAAACUGAACAUAUAACCAUGCCUUCACACGGGGCUUCAGCGUCAACGCUUGACGGAGGGCGUGUCUGAAGUUGGGGCUUACGCGAUCGUCAUAGCAGCAUCAGCC